GGCAAAAUGAGGCACGUAUGAAAACAGUUGCCAAUGAAAAUUAAGCGUAGAGCAGAAGACGUGGGACUUAUUUUUGAGAUUAAAAGUUAAAAAGGUUGAGAAGAGAGCAAAGUGUUCGCGUGAGGGCGAAAAUGGCAGCUACUCAUGUCCUUCUCCAAUGGAAUCCGACCAACCUGCGUCCCUCUCCAAUCCCUCUUUCUUCGCCUUCCUCUCCCUCCUCUUCCUCAUCCUAUUCAAUCUCUGGGCUGGUUUUCAAACACCCAAUUGCGCGGCCACGCUAUCUGCUCCCCCUCGAAGCGUCUAGAAGGAUCUCCGGUUAUUCCCAAGAGGAUGGACUUUCUUUCGGUGGUAGAGGGGGCUUCGACAGGUUCGACGUCGGGGAGGAAGUCGAAGACGACGGAGAGGACGAGGACGAAGAGGAGGACAGGAGCCUCGACCUCCUGGUGCAGUUUGUGCAAAACGUCUUCCGGAAGGUGUCGCGGAGGGCGAGGAAGGCGGUGAGGUCGAUGUUGCCUCGUUCGAUCCCAUCGAAAUUGGUUCAAUUUUCUGUUAAUGGUACAAUUAUGUUAACUUUUCUUUGGAUUUUGAAGGCAUUGCUUCAGGUUGUCUGCACACUUGGAAGCAUAGUGUUUGUGUGCAUUCUGGUCACGCGAGGUGUUUGGUCUGCUUUAAUGUACCAUCAGGAAUAUCGCAGGAGUAAGUUUGGUGAUAUGGAUGACGACGGCAGUGUAUGGAGCGGUGCACAACCUGCAACUUAACCCCAUGUUCCAAGAAACAUGCUGAGCAGAAUACCGAGAACAUAAUUUUCCGCCUAUGAGAGAGAGAGCAAAACAUACUGCAACCGGAGUCAGUUACGAGAAAGCUGAGCAUUUUUUGACAACUCUAUCCUUGUGGGUAUAUUGUUUAUCCAAUAAAUAUGAGUGUUCUGUCCUUUGUUACGCCACACGAUGUUCUAAAUGUACGAAUCAACCUUUUUAGUCAUUCGUGGCAAAGUAUCUGUUGUUAAGCGCAAUUCCAUGUUACUCCAUCUAUCCUUGUGGGUAUAUGGUUUAUCAAAUAAAUGAGUAUUCUGGCCUUUUUCAUACCA